CUUCAAUUGAAUUCAGAAAAAAACAGAAAGAUCUCAGACUCUUGAGAGAGAAGCAAAGAACAGCUAAAGAGAAUAAUUAUCAAGAAAACUUCAGCUCAGAAAAUCCUUAUAUUAAUGAUAUGCAAAUAUCUUCUGAACCCACAGAAACAUCUCCUGCUGAAAUCUCAGAAACUAGUAGUCAAGAUAUAGACUCUUCAAAUGAAGAUAAUCUAGCAAAAACUACUACAGAAAUUGCCUCAGAAAAUGUAACAAAAGAAGCUGACAAACCUCAUCUAACAAAAACCAUUGAGAACUCAGACUCAGAAAAAGAUAACAACAUGGAAGAGAUUACCUUUAAUAUUGUAAUCUCCAAGAAAUGCAAGAAGAAAAAUAGCCCAAAAGAUAGUAGCUCUUCUUCAGAAUGA